UUAAUAUCAUUUUUAAGAAAGGAUAUAACUAUCAUGUCACAUAAUACAUCCGUCUCCUUUAAGGAUCCGAAUUCUCUUCUUGGCUGGAUAUUAUCCUUGAUCGAAAUAUGUUACAUAGUCCAAGGAUAGUAACCAGCCAACGAGAGAAUUAGAAUCCUACACUUCAAAAGGUCGUCAAUUUAUGUACACAUUUGUUUCCGGUUCACUCUAGCCGGAUCCGGCCAAUACGAAAAGCGUGUAGGCUCAAAACCACCCCUAGAUUUCACCCACUAUUCCAAAAUCACCCUUAGUCGGUCUCCUAUAUUAAUCCCAAAGUCGCCCGGAAAUUGACCGGAGGUUUAACCCGAAUUCCCAAAACCCGAACCUUUCAAAAACCCUAACUCUGCACAAAUGGAGAUCGAUCAAUCGGAGCCGCAAACCGAAAGCCAAGACCUCUUCAAAGCCGCCGAGACCGGCGAGUCUUCGGCGUUCGAAUCCCUCCCACCAAAGCAGCUCGCUUUAGCUUCCGCUCUCAGAAACGAGGACGGCCGCUCCCUCCUUCACGUCGCCGUCUCUUCCGGCCAAUCUCAGGUGGUGAAGAUACUACUAGCUGGUGAAGAAUCCAGCAGCAUGAUAAACAGCAAGGAUGAAGAUGGCUGGGCGCCGCUUCAUUCCGCGGCGAGCAUUGGGAACACAGAAAUAACCGAGAUGCUGCUCAGCAAAGGAGCUGAUGUUAAUUUGAAGAAUGAUGGUGGCCGCGUUGCGCUUCACUAUGCUGCCAGCAAGGGAUGGAUGGAGAUUGCGGAGAAUUUGAUCUCGCACGGGGCAAAGCUUAAUGCACACGACAAGGUUGGUUCGACCCCAUUGCAUAGAGCAGCUAGUACUGGGAAAGCACAAUUGUGUGAAUUUUUAAUUGAGGAAGGAGCUGACAUAGAUGUUGUUGAUAGAGCAGGCCAGACUCCUCUUAUGAGUGCUGUGAUUUGCGAGAACAAGGAGGUUUCUCUUCUUCUAAUAAGGCACGGAGCAGAUGUGGAUGUGGAAGACAAAGAAGGAUACACAGUGCUUGGUCGAGCUUCAAAUGAGUUUAGACCAUUAUUGAUCGAUGCCGCCAAGGCAAUGCUUGAAGGGUGAUAUUUUUGGACUAAUCUGUGUAAGGAUUCAAAAAAUCAGUAGCAAAAGGGUGACUGUAUCUGCGUGGAGAUGUCCAGUUGCAGUCGAGGGAAAGUAGUAAAAGAUGUUAGUCAAAUUUUCUUUGUUAAUGACCGAGUGAAGUUUUGUAUGUACGGUUAAGUAUGAAUGGAUUAACAGUGU